GUCCCGGGUCCCGGCAUUAUAUUCCUAAUCCGUCGUAAGCGGUCCGGUGUUUGGACAGACUAGAUUAGAUACAGUGUAUACGAGCACCACGCCAUGGAUCCGCGAGCUCGAGCUCUGGGCGGCGCCGUUGGCCUCUUGCUCGUCUCCUGCUUCCUCCUGGCUGGCGGCGGUGGCGUCGUCGGCGCCGGCGCCGGCCACAGCAGGUUUGAGGCCUUGUUCAACUUCGGGGACUCGCUGGGCGACACGGGCAACAUUUGCGUCAACAAGUCGGCGGCGGACAACUUCAUGCUCACUUUCGCGCAGCCGCCCUACGGCAUGACCUACUUCGGCCACCCCACCUGCCGCUGCUCCGACGGCCGCCUCGUCGUCGACUUCCUCGCUCAGGAGCUGGGGCUGCCGCUGCUCCCGCCGUCGAAGCAGGACGGCGCCGACUUCCGGAGGGGCGCGAGCAUGGCCAUCGUGGCCGCCACGGCCCUGGACUUCGAGUUCCUCAAGUCCAUCGGCGUCGGCUACCCGGUCUGGAACAACGGCGCCAUGAACGUCCAGAUCCAGUGGUUCAGGGACCUGCUGCCGUCCAUCUGCGGCGCCGGCGCGCCGCCGGGAGGGCAACGCUGCAAGGACUACCUGGCCAGGUCCCUGUUCCUGUUCGGCCCCUUCGGCGGGAACGACUACAAUGCCAUGGUCUUGUUCGGGCUCACCAUGGACCAUGCAAGAAACUACACGCCCAACAUCGUCGACACCGUCGCCAGCGGCGUCGAGCAACUGAUCCAGCUGGGCGCAGUGGACAUCGUCGUCCCGGGAGCUCUGCCGGCGGGGUGCUUCGCCAUCUACCUCACGUCUCUCCCGAGCGACAACCCGGCCGACUACGACGAGUACGGGUGCCUGAAGGCGUUCAACGAGCUGUCCGUCUACCAGAACUCCCUGCUGCAGGGCAGGCUCGCCGGACUCCGGGCGAGGUACCCGUCGGCGAGGAUCGUGUACGCCGACUACUACACCCACAUCGACCGGCUGGUGCGCAGCCCGGCGCGGUUCGGCUUCAGCACCGGCGCCGUCCCGGCGUGCUGCGGCGCGGGCGGCGGCAAGUACAACUUCGAGCUCGACGCGCUGUGCGGCAUGAAGGGCGCCACCGCGUGCCGGGAGCCGUCGACGCACGAGUCCUGGGACGGCGUCCACUUCACGGAGGCGGUUAACAGGCUGGUCGCCGAGGGAUGGCUCAGAGGCCCGUACUGCCAUCCUCCCAUUGUCACUCAUGAUCAGUAGAUAGGGUAGGUCGAUCAACCGGCCGGUUCGGCCAUGGCAAGGCCAAGGCGUCGCCUGAAAAUAUCGAUAUCCACCCUGACACGGCCACACGGGCCUGACAUACAGUGACAUGAUGGCGCAGUGUUGUACGACAAUUCACACUUUUCACAAGGAUGGUGGUCUUGAAUAAAUAGUUUAGAGGCCACUUUUGUGUCUCAAUAUAAACGGAGUUUUUUUAGGCGGGGUGGAACGUGGAGUUUCGUUCAUUGUAUCUCAAUACAAAACCAAAGUUAUUGCAUAAUAAGAGCGCACUAGUUUACCUU